UGUACCUCAGUAGCAACGCGCUCAGCGGCUUUUGCGAGCUGGGGGAGGGGAGCAGCGGCGGCGAGGGCUGCGGAGCCUCGCGCGGGCGGCUAGGGGCCUCUGAGCGCGGCGGGUGGCGACGCCCCGAGUGGUUGGCUCAGCAUGUCGGUCAGCGUCCAUGAGACCCGCAAGUCGCGGAGCAGCACGGGCUCCAUGAACAUCACGCUGUUCCACAAGGCCUCGCACCCCGACUGUGUGCUGGCUCACCUCAACACGCUGCGCAAGCACCGCAUGUUCACGGACGUCACGCUCUGGGCCGGCGACCGCGCCUUCCCCUGCCACCGCGCCGUGCUGGCCGCCUCCAGCCGCUACUUCGAGGCCAUGUUCAGCCACGGCCUGCGGGAGAGCCGCGACGACACGGUCAACUUCCAGGACAACCUGCACCCCGAGGUGCUGGAGCUGCUGCUGGACUUUGCCUACUCGUCCCGCAUCGUCAUCAACGAGGAGAACGCAGAGUCGCUGCUCGAGGCGGGUGACAUGCUGCAGUUCCAUGACGUGCGUGAUGCAGCCGCUGAGUUCCUGGAGAAGAACCUGUUCCCGUCCAACUGCCUGGGCAUGAUGCUGCUGUCGGACGCCCACCAGUGCCGCCGGCUCUACGAGUUCUCGUGGCGCAUGUGCCUGGUGCACUUCGAGGCCGUGCGGCAGAGCGAGGACUUCAACAGCCUGUCCAAGGACACCCUGCUGGACCUCAUCUCGAGUGACGAGCUGGAGGCGGAGGACGAGCGUGUGGUCUUUGAGGCCAUCCUGCAGUGGGUCAGGCACGACCUGGAGCGGCGCAAGGCCCACCUGCCCGAGCUGCUGCGCGGCGUGCGGCUGGCCCUGCUGCCGUCUGACUGCCUGAAGGAGGCCGUGUCGGGUGAGGCCCUGCUCAUGGCCGACGAGCGCACCCGGCUCAUCGUGGACGAGGCGCUGCGCUGCAAGGCCCGCAUCCUACAGAACGACGGCGUGGUCACCAGCCCCUGUGCCCGGCCGCGCAGGGCCGGACACACGCUGCUCAUCCUCGGGGGCCAGACCUUCAUGUGUGACAAGAUCUACCAGGUGGACCACAAGGCCAAGGAGAUCAUCCCCAAGGCGGACCUGCCCAGCCCCCGCAAGGAGUUCAGCGCCUCGGCCAUCGGCUGCAAGGUCUAUGUGACCGGGGGCCGGGGCUCCGAGAACGGGGUCUCUAAGGACGUGUGGGUGUACAACACCGUCCACGAGGAGUGGUCCAAGGCGGCGCCCAUGCUCAUCGCCCGCUUCGGCCAUGGCUCGGCCGAGCUGGAGAACUGCCUCUACGUGGUUGGAGGGCACACUUCCCUGGCUGGCGUCUUCCCGGCCUCGCCGUCUGUCUCCCUGAAGCAGGUGGAGAAGUACGACCCCGGGGCUAACAAGUGGACGAUGGUGGCCCCGCUGAGGGAUGGCGUCAGCAAUGCCGCGGUCGUGAGCGCCAAGCUGAAGCUCUUUGUCUUCGGGGGGACCAGCAUCCACCGGGACAUGGUGUCCAAAGUCCAGUGCUACGACCCUGCAGAGAACCGGUGGACGAUCAAGGCCGAGUGUCCCCAGCCUUGGCGGUACACCGCUGCUGCCGUCCUGGGCAGCCAGAUAUUCAUCAUGGGAGGCGACACGGAGUUCACAGCUGCCUCGGCCUACCGCUUCGACUGCGAGACCAACCAGUGGACGCGGAUCGGGGACAUGACUGCCAAGCGCAUGUCCUGCCACGCCCUGGCCUCAGGCAACAAGCUCUACGUGGUGGGGGGCUACUUCGGGACCCAGCGGUGUAAGACCCUGGACUGCUAUGACCCCACCUCGGACACGUGGAACUGCAUCACCACCGUGCCCUACUCGCUCAUCCCCACGGCCUUCGUCAGCACCUGGAAACACCUGCCCGCAUGAGGCGCACCUGUAGAGCCCAACCAGCUCUGAGGAGCCAGCCCCGUGCCGUUCAGGUCACAGGAACCCCGUCAGGAGCUGGCCAGCGCGGAGAAAUUAAUUUCCUCAAUGACCUGGCGGCUGCUGAAAAGAACGCUGAAAGCUCUGCAUGGCAAAAGCGAUCAUACUUAGCUGGGAUUGCUUCUGAAUGGAAUCUGAUGUUUCAGCUAUUAAAUCAAAUCCAGCCGUGCCUUCGAGGCCCUUAAAGAGGUAUGUCCUCUGGCAGGCAAGGCAGGCAGGGCAGGACCCAGCGAAGGCAUCAGAUGUGCCAUACAGGGUGUUUGGCCUCAUAAAGGCCAGUCUGGAUGAGAACAGGCUUUGUUCUCUUUUAAGGUUUCUCUGCUUUGUUUUGUUUUAAUGUGCUCUCUUCCUCUUUGGGAGAAAAAUCUGACCAGCAAAAUAUCUUGGUCCUGGGGAAUAGACUUCAAAGAGAACACUGGCGUUUCCUUGUUGAGCCCCUGUUCCCGCACUCUGGGAACUUAGGCUGGUCACCUGUGGGGCCCAAAGGCUCCUCCCAUCUCGGGCCACCCAGCCCAGACCAGGUGGCUCUGAUCCUGUCUGGUGUUUGCCCAUCCCUGGGACCCUGGAGGGCAGUUCUUCCCCAAGCGGGAGAGGGUGGGGGGGUAGGUCAGCCGGACCCAGGGAGCCCUUUACUCUUCCAGGACUUCCCCCCGUUUCAGGGACCGUGGAAGGGUCGGCUCUGACUCUUGCUGGCUGCUUGACCCUGGUUGCUUAACUUCUCUGAGCUUCAGCUUUCUCAUCUGGAAAACGGGAAUGAAAACUAUUACAGUAGUUGAGGAGGAGAGACCGAGUGAGGGGCUGGGUUCAGAGUCCGCUUUUAUAUGAGGUUGCGAGGAGGGGACGGUGGUGAUAAUGGUUUCGGGAUGCUUUGGGCACAGGGACCUCUGGAUGUCCCUGGGCCAGCCCCUCCUUCUGGAAGGGUCCAUCCCUCACGGUUGGGAUCACACUUGCCAUUGCCUGGCUGAGUGCCACACGGGCCUUGUUCCUUCCGUGCUCCCCAGCCCACGGCGUGGGUGCUGUGGUCUCAGGAAUGAGGAUGUGGCGGGCACUGGGGUAGGAAGCUGAUGCCUGGGCCCGUCCGGGCCUCCCUCAGCUCCUGGGAAGCGGGGCUUUGUGGCAGGAAGGCUCCCUCGCUCUGCUGCUGCUGGGGCAGUCGCCACAGUGCUGCCAGGACCCGCUGGAGGAGCAGCUCUACUCGGAAGGCCGCAGACCAGGUGGUCCUGAGCUGGGGGGCUACGGCAGGUGGGGGGGAUGGGAGGGGCCUGUGACAGCAGUGGUGGCUAAGGGGCUGGGCCCACGCACCCUCGACAAGGCUGCAGGUCGUGACGAGCAGAGAUUAGCACGCCUGCUGCCCCUCCGGCAUGGGCCCCCCACUCUCCACCCAGUGCCGGGGCCAGAGAAUGGGGUCUGUACCCAGUGCGUCCCCCGAGUGCCCCUCCCUGCUCUACUGUCCCAGUCCCUCCUGUAGGCAUAGGACCGGCCUGGGGUCCUAUCUGCAGUGCCUCUCUGGUCCCCGAACCCCACGUCCAUCUCUUAAGACUCCACUGAGCUUCAGGAACCACCAGCCAGAGCCCUGCGCUCUGCAACCCCUCCCCAUCACCGAGUGACUUCCCCCAUUCGUCCCCAAGUGCUUUGUUCCCCCAUCUAGGACACCACUCGUGAGCUCUGGGUGGUGCCUGCAUCCACGCCAGGUGCCCCAGUCGUGAGCUCAUUUAACCCUCUCAGAAGCAUUUGUCAUCGGGGCUGCUGUUAUGGACCUGGCACCUGAGACUCAGCGUAGGUGGCUGGCAUCACACUAACAGCUGGUGAGGGUUGGAGUGGCAUCUGAGCCCUGGAGCUGCCUCAGGCCUGCAGGCGUCUCUGGAGACCUGGGCACUGGGCACCCCACAUCUGCACCCUGGUGCCGAGGGCGGGCCACACGGGUGCUGCCCGGCAGUAGGGGUGGAGUGCUGUGCUGGAAGCUGAACGCCGGCAGGACCUCCAUGGCCAGCCCUUAGCUCCCAUGUCACAUCCGAUCCUUGUCCCUAUGUGACAGUGGCCAGCGGUGGCAGGAGGCCCCUGGAGCUGGGGUGGGCGCCCAUCUCCCCGGGUUACCCGCCAAGUGUAGACUAGCUGUGAACAUUCUUUUCUCUUGUUCUCUCCCGCUGAGCUCCCACCUCCCCCAGCCUGCCUCUGGCCUGAGGGCUUCAGAACAUCGGGGCAGGGGUCCAGGUUGCCGGGAGCCAUCUUCUCCUCAUGGGCAUUGUUGGAACCCAGACACUUGGGGUGCCGGGGCACGGGCUCCAGCCCCUCUCUGGGAAGGGCUGAGCCCGUCAGUCCCCUGGGGGCCCUGCAGGGGACUCAGUUGCCACCAGAGGAGGGCUGAUUCAGCACAUCCUGUCCUGCCUUAAGAGAGAUUGCGCCCGAGAGGCAAUCCCGGAGCACAGGAUUCAGGGCUGGGCUGGUGUGGCCGGGGCGGGGGGCGGUGCCCGGGGCAGGAGGGCAGGCCUUUUGCAACACCCCGCGUCCACCCAUCCACCUGCACACCCACGGCCUCCCGUUCUGUCCGUGUUAACCAGGGCCGCCCCGUGCCAGGCCCGCAAUGGGGACGGCGUUAGUGGCUGUGGUCCGCACAGCAGGCCCCCACCAGCACGCCACGGGACAGCGAGGGCAGUCACGGGGCUGGCCGGGGCCACUGUGCACGGGCGGUGGGCUAGACAAGUGUCCUGUUGACUGAAAAAAAAAACACACACACAACCUAAAGGUUGAGAAUUAUGUUUUAUUUGGCGGACAAAACUGAGGACUUAAGCCUGGGACGCAGCUUCUCAGAUAGCUCUGAGGGACUGCUCCCAAGAGGUCAUGGGGGGAACCAGCACAUAUAGGAGUUCUUGCAACGAAGACCAGGUAGUCAGAACAUCAAAAGAAUAUUGUUAAAGAAACCAGACAUCGCAAGUUAAGGCAUGUAGCGCUUUUCUGUGUAUGGGAAGGUGCAAGAGUCUGGGCUCACUGAAGUCAUUCCUUUACGAUGCACUUCAGCUGUCAGAGGUCCAGUAUCCUGUGCUUUCUCAUCCUGAGUCUCCUCAGGGUGCACCGUCGGGGGCGGCUGCAACAUCCUUUGUUUACUGACGCGGCGGGCACCAUUUUUGCAUUGAUGCAUGGUCCCAUUUCACAGAUGAGGAAACCAGGCCUCAGAGAAGGAACUGCCAGAAAUCAGGGUGGCGCAGACCAGGACGGCCAUGGGACGCGCCUGAGUGAUCCAGGCAGUGCGGCUUCCCAGCUCCUCUGCCUUCAGGGUGCCACCUCUUCCUCAGCAACUCGGGACAGCCCAGAAGGGCCACCCCCCAGGUCAGGAUCCCACAGUCCCUCACCCCCAGCACAGGGGGCUCUGAGGCUUGGCUUGGGGCCUGCCCCGAGGGGAACCCCAUGUCUGCUUGGUGUUCUGGUGGGGGGCGGGUAGGGCGGGCAGGCCCCCAAGCUUUGGGUUCACCGCCUUAGAGCUUCUCAGGACGUUUAGGGGCCUGUGAGGAGCUUGGAGGGAUUUGGGGGCCCUUCACCAGCCCCACUGAGAGCACAGUGGUCGCCUUGCGCAGCCCAUGCAUCUGGGAGCUUGCUGACCCCCUGGGCUCGACCAGCUUCCAGCAGAACUUGAGUCCGCCUUCCAGAAGCCUUGGGAAUGAGGGGCGCAUCCUACUUGAAGGAAACAGGUCCACAGGUCCCAGUGCUUGCUUGAAUUUUUUUCAUUAUAAUGUUACUUAAGUACGUACAGACUUACAACUAGAUGUAAGCUCCCUGUGUUUGUAGCUCUUUCACAGCUGCAACGCUAACAAUUGUACAGGUGAAAUACACCCAAAGACGCAAGACCGAGAAUGCGGUCUCCGCUAACUGAUGCUUUGUGGAAGUUGUGUUGCCUCCCUCUGCCUCUUGGAUGGCUGGAUAUGGAGGUUUAUGGAGAGCUCAGCCUGCCUGUGCAGGGGGCUCCUUCUCUUUUCUUUUUUGGAGCCGCCGUGAGACCCCUUUGGGCAGCUCGGUGUGGGUGGAGGCGGGGGCACAUCAUCUGUGUCCCCUGGCACAAACCUGCCUCCUUGGUCUAGGGCUGCCUCUGAGCCCAUGGCACUCAGAGAGCUGGCCAGAGUAAGUGUGCUGUCUGGCAUUGUGGAUGGGUGGGGAGUGGGGAACACCCUUGGCAAGAACCCCCAGCUCCCUCCCCUGGUACUCCAGAGAACCUGUUUUUAAAAUAGAAUCCCACAGGGGUGUGUCUGCCUGUGGAGGCUGAGUGGGCAGUCCGCCCAUUGCUGUCCUGAGUGUUCCCCGCUCCCCACCCCUCUAGGUCCUUCCUGGGCCUGCUGUAUCCUUUCUCCACUAGGUGAUCAACUCAGGAGCUGCUACCCCAGCCAAGGGCACCACCUCCUGGACACACGUCCACGGCCACGUCUCUGCUUGGAGUUGGGCUAGGUUAUGCCAAGCUGUCGCUGUGGGUUGGGCUUUAGAAAUGAUCACACUGGCCAGCUGCGUUUUCUUCGUUGCUUCCAGGACAUUCUACGCUAAGCCUUUUGUGUGCAUUAGAUGGCUCCAUCCUUCUCUGGGAGAAGGCAGGUAUCUGUCCUUAUUUUCCACAGGAAAAUGCGAAGCUCAGAGCAGAUGCCAGCCACACUGAUUGAGAACCCAGCGCUGGAGUGUGAGCUUCAUGACCAUGGGGACCGUCUGACCUCAUUCACCACUGCAUCUGUCCUGCAGGGUCUGGGUUGAUAGGCUGUGCAGUAAAUAUUUGUCAAGUGCAGGAAUGAAUGUGUUGGCUGCUGCCCACAGCUGUACUGUUCUUCCUGGUGACCUGACUGGCCGUGACCAUGUCUGCCCUCCCUCUCUCACCAUUUCCAACCUCACUGGCCUACAUUCAGGUUCUCAAAAAUAUCAAUACCAGAUUCCUACCCCCAGGCCUUUGCACAUGCCAUUCCUUCUGCCUGGAGUGCUUUUUGCCUUUCUAGAAAACUCCUGUCUGUCCUGCAGGUCUUAGGUUAAAUAUUACCUCCUUCCCAUACCCUCCACCAAAGUAAAAGAAAGUCCUCCUUCUAAUCUCUAUUUUAUUUUCUUUUUAAAUUAUAUUAUUUUAUUAUUUUAAAAAAUUUUAUUUUAUAUUGGAGUAUAGUUGAUUAACAAUGUUGUAUUAGUUUCAGGUGUACAGCAAAGUGAUUCAGUUAUACAUACACUUGUAUCUAUUCUUUUUCAAAUGCAUUUCCCAUUUAGAUUAUUACAGAAUAUUGAGCAGAGUUCCCUGUGCUGUACAGUAGGUCCUUGUUGGUUAUCUAUUUCAAAUAUAGUCGUGAGUACAUGUCAACCCGAAACUCCCAAUCUAUCCCUCCCCCAGCCCUUUCCCUGCUCCCGGUAACCAUAAGUUUGUUCUCUAAGUCUG